UCUUCCCCGCCGGUGUCCGACUGCAGAGUUGACAGGAAGCAGAACAGAGCAGAGCCUUUGUUGAGGACAGAAAGAAUUCAUGCCGAGGCAUCGCAGUUUGGACCAUGGAAAUAACGCUGAAGGGGUUCCCUCUGAAGGUGGUGAAUAUUCCCUGGAGGAAUAAUAACCUCAGUACUCAGUAUUCAGACACUCCUUUGUCUGACACAGGUGAAACCAUCAUCGGAGUCUACCUCUUGGUGCUGGGAUGGCUGUCGUGGUUUGGAAACAGCUUAGUGAUGUUUGUCCUGUACAGGCAGCGCGCCUCACUCCAACCAACAGAUUUCUUCACUUUAAAUCUCGCCAUCUCGGACGCCAGCAUCUCAGUGUUUGGCUACUCCCGAGGAAUCUUAGAAAUAUUCAAUAUCUUGAAGGACGACGGGUAUUGGAUCACCUGGAUCUGGACUUGUCAGGUAGAUGGCUUCCUCACGUUGCUCUUCGGCCUUGUAAGCAUCAACACUUUGACCGUCAUCAGCGUCACGAGAUAUAUCAAAGGAUGCCAUCCACAGAAAGCUCACUGCAUCAGCAUCAAUACAAUUGCAGUAUCACUACUCCUCAUUUGGACUGGAGCGAUGUUCUGGUCUGUGGCUCCGCUGCUGGGAUGGGGCAGCUACACAGAUCGGGGUUAUGGCACCUGUGAGGUGGACUGGUCCAAAGCCAAUUACUCCACCUUUUACAAGUCCUACAUCAUCUCCAUCCUAGUCUUCUGCUUUUUCAUCCCCGUUAGCAUCAUGGUUUUCUCCUACGUCUCCAUUAUCAACACUGUUAAAAGCACAAAUGCCAUGUCAGCGGAUGGUUUUCUCUCUGCCCGCCAAAGGAAAGUAGAGAGAGAUGUCACAAGGAUUUCCAUUGUAAUCUGCACAGCUUUCAUCAUGGCCUGGUCACCAUAUGCAGUGGUGUCUAUGUGGUCAGCCUGGGGCUUCCACGUGCCAAGCACGACCAGCAUCAUCACGCGACUCUUCGCCAAGUCCGCCAGCUUCUACAACCCUCUCAUAUACUUCGGCAUGAGCUCCAAAUUUCGCAAGGACAUCUCCAUAUUGCUGCCGUGUACGGCGGAGAACAAGGACGUGGUGCGUCUGCAACACUUUAAAAACAUCAAACCCAAGGCAGAGCCCCCUCUUCCACCUGCAUUGCUUCCUCUUCAGAAGCUUCAGGCUAAAUACACGGCAGGAGAGCUGAAGCAGUCCAAUCCUGACAGCGACUCGGGGGUCAACAGCGCUCCGCACACUCCUCCGGAGGUCUUCCACAUUGAUGUGCCAUCGCACGUUGAAACAUCUGAGUACUGGUGUGACAGACUCUGAAGACUCUUUCUAUUCCACUUGAACCAGCACUUGAAGAACAACGGGAGAUUGAGAGUAUUUUUUUAUCUUUUGGUCUUACCUGUGUUCAUAAACUGUACGUGUAAUGUAUGUUAAUAAAUUGUUUUCUGAAGCUCAAA